AGGCUGAGCUUGGGGUCUCCUAGCAACAAGCUGUGGUCGAACGGGUGGAGUAAGUGCUAAGUUGAUAACCUAUCAAGAAUCUCUUCAAUUGUACCUCAAAAAGCCAGAAUGGAAAUAUCGAUGCCCCCACCUCAGAUAUAUAUAGAAAAAACUCUGGCCAUUAUCAAACCAGAUAUUGUUGACAAAGAGGAGGAGAUACGAGAUAUAAUUAUCAGAUCUGGAUUCACCAUUGUUCAGAGAAGAAAACUACAUUUCAGCCCUGAGCAAUGUAGUAACUUUUAUGUGGAACAGUAUGGGAAAAUGUUUUUCCCCAAUUUAACGGCUUACAUGAGUUCUGGACCACUUGUUGCCAUGAUAUUAGCUAGACAUAAAGCCAUCGCUUACUGGAAAGAACUUUUGGGACCAAGUAAUAGCUUAGUAGCUAAGGAGACACACCCAGACAGCCUAAGGGCGAUUUACGGGACAGAUGACCUAAGGAAUGCCCUUCAUGGGAGUAUUGAUUUUGCCACAGCAGAAAGAGAAAUUCGAUUCAUGUUUCCUGAAGUGAUUGUUGAGCCCAUUCCAGCUGGACAAGCUGCUAAGGACUAUUUAAAUUUAUAUGUAACACCAACUCUACUUAAAGGACUCACAGAGCUUUGUAAGCAAAAACCAGCAGAUCCUUGUAUUUGGCUAGCCAAUUGGCUGCUGGAAAAUAAUCCCAACAAACCUAAACUUUGUCACCACACAUUUGCAGAAGAACCUCAUUAAAUAAAGUCCUCCAAAGAACAAAUCAUGCACAAUCUCACUGCAAAAGGCAUGCUUCUACCUAAAAAAUAAAUAAACUAAUUAAUUAAAAAACAAUAAAAUAAAAUAAAAACCACAGUUUCUAAGGGCUUAAGUAACUACAUGUGAAAUAAAUUAUAUCUUAAACAUAAU